AUGGAUGGUUUUAAUGAUGUUUAUUUGAAUGAUGAUGAUGAAUAUAUGGGAGAUGAAUUUGGUCAGGGUGUUGAUAGUGACGAUGGAGAUAAUUAUGAUAAUGAUAUAGAUAUAAUAACUGAUAAUCAAAUAAAGAAAGAUAAGUCAGAUUAUGAAAACUCUGAAGGAAAUGACGAUAGUAUAAGAAUAACAAGUCCAUAUUUAACAAAAUAUGAAAAAGCAAGAAUUAUUGGUACAAGAGCUUUACAGAUAAGCUUAAAUGCCCCUUUAACUAUACCUAUUGAAACACAGAAUGAUUCAAAUAAUAAAAGUGAAUAUGAUAACUAUUUAAAUAAUGACCCAUUAGUCAUAGCAGAAAAGGAAUUAUACAAUAAAUCUAUUCCUUUUAUAUUAAGAAGAUACUUGCCUAAUGGUAGUUAUGAAGACUGGAAAUUAGAUGAACUUAUAAUUGAUUAA